AUUUAGUCUCAUUCGGUUGCCGUUCACAGUACAGAGCUAAUGUAAAGUAGUAAAUUUCAGAAGUCAAGUCAACAGUACAAAAAAAUUCUGGCAUAAUUAAUUUUCUUCGUUUUCGGCUUUCACAAAAAUUUCUUCAAGUUACCAUUCAACUCAUUAGAUCGAACACACUCAUCAUGCAACCAACAUCAUCGCGGUUCUUCGGCUGUUUGUGGAAGCAGCAGCUCUCAUCGAUGAUGCGUCGUCAACUGCAGUUGCAGAAGAUCACCUCACGUCAAUUGGCAUCGAAGGGCGGCCGCAAUAAGGUGAAAAUGAUGUCACAACGCGAGACUUCGACUCAGACUCAGACUCCGACUCCGAAUCUGGCUCAUAAUCUGACUCCGGCGCAUCCAAUGAGGCGCGAGACGAACAUGUGGAAGGAUCCCCUGAGCACGGACACCAAGUGGUUGAGCGCCCGCGAUCCCCGCCGCUAUAGACCAGACUUUGGCCAAACCGAGCCACAUUCGUUGCGCAAACAAUUCAUGCGCAGUCCCGACGAACGCACUCGCGACGCGAUGACUCGCGAUUGGGAGGCGGCGACUCAAUUGAAUGAGAUCGGUCGCCGUCAGGCGCAGUUGGUCGCUCAGCAGCGCCAUCACGAUAAGAUGUACAAGCAGUUGGACAAAAGUGAAGUGACUUCUCGACUUGGACAAUCUCAAUCCAAAUAUGCGGCCAAGCAGCAGCGUCAUCAUGCAGCUGACCAACGAUCCAACGAGGAUUAGUGUGAAUAGCAGUAAAAAAAAACGGAGAGACGACAUCAACGAGAGAACAGUUCAUAAUUCAUUUCUACCAUCAACUCCUUCGCAUUUUCUAUUAUGGUGUGUGGGGUAUCUACCGAUGGGAAUUUCAUUUCAAGAAAUGUUAAAUUUUAUUAAUUACCGAAAGCGCGAUGUUUUCCAAAAUAUCUUGGUUACUUUUCUGUUUACAAAAUUUGGAUGUGCUUUAUUCCAUAAUUCUGAAUGAUUCUCAAUGAAAAACAAUAAUUUAUUCAAAUCCAAUAUCUUAACCAAUAAAAGCGAUUUCAACAUGAGCUGCUUAAAAUA